CGAUAAGUUUUGAAAAAUGAUCAUUUUGGAGGUUCAGUCGAUACUUCAUGUUCGACUGAUGAUGUGUAGUCCGCUUGGUCGACAUAGCCUGGUCGAUGAUUCUAGGUUUUUUCUGAGCAAUCAUUAUCAUUGUAUCAGCGUACAUGAUGAGACGGAUGAUUUUGUCUUCGAUUACUUAUAGUAGCCUCAUUAAGCACCUCGAUUCGUAGGGAUGAGCAGCGGCUGCGCCAACAACAGCGCGGCAGAGCGGCGAGUUCUCAGCCUCCUCCACGACCGCGCCGCCCGCGGCCACCUCCCCGCUAUCUACGCCCACGUUCUCCGUCACGACCUUCGCGGAUCCGACCCCGUAGCCACCCACCUCGUCUCCACCUGCACGGCCGUCCGCCGUCCCUCUUUCGCCCUCCGCCUCUUCCGCCACCACCCUUCCCCCUCCCUAUUCCUCUUCUCCGCCACCAUCAAGGCACUCUCCCUCUCCCUCGCCUACGCGCCCGACGCCUUCCGCCUCUUCGCCCUCCUCCGCUCCCGCUACCUCUCCCCCGACCGACUCACCAUCUCGCCCCUCCUCAAGGCCGCCGCGCACAUCGCCGACCUCCGCCUCGCUCGCUCCCUCCACGGCUUCGCUUUCCUCUCCGGCUUUGCGUCGCACUUGCCCGUCGCGGUCGGUCUUCUCGAGCUUUACAAUUCCUGCGGCCACAUGUUCGACGCCCACAAGGUGUUCAACGAGAUGCCUCAACGAGAUGUCAUAGCGUGGAACUUGAUGAUCAACGGAUACUGCAAAAAGGGCGAUUGGGAGAGCGCGUUAGGUCUUUUCCGGCGCAUGAACGAGAGGAGUGUGGUCACUUGGAACUCGAUUAUCGCCGGACUCGCCCGCUGCGGACAAGACAUUUACACGUUGCAGAUCUUCCACGAGAUGUGGGAGACUUCCGGCUUCGAACCCGACGACGCGACCGUGGUGGCAGUGCUUCCGGUGUGCGCUCGACUGGGCGAACUCGAUCUCGGCAUCCAAAUCCACCGCUACGCUGAGCGCAAAGGCUUGCUCAACGACGCCCUGCACGUCGCCAACUCCAUCAUCGACAUGUACUGCAAAUGCGGUGACUUGGCGAGCGCCAAGGCCUUGUUCGACGAAAUGCCGCAGAGGACAGUGGUCUCCUGGAACGCCAUGAUCGGGGGGAUGUCAUUCAACGGCCGUGGCCAGGAGGGCCUCGACCUGUUCGACGAAAUGCUGAGGCGUAGAGAGAGGCCCAACGGCGGGACCUUCGUCAGCGUGCUCGGCUGCUGUACUCACGAGGGCCGGGUGGAGAGGGGCCAGGAGAUUUUUCAGUCGAUGGCCGUGGAGCACGGAGUCCGGCCAGGGAUGGAGCAUUACGGCUGCAUGGUGGACCUGCUGGGGAGGAGAGGGAAGGUGGUGGAGGCGUAUGGCUUGGUGAGGAGCAUGCCUAUGAGGGCGAACGCGGCCAUUUGGGGCGCGUUACUGAGCGCUUGCCGGAGCUUCGGGGAGCUUGGCAUGGCGGAGGUGGCAGUGAAGGAGCUGAUAGAGCUGGAGCCUUGGAAUUCGGGGAAUUACGUCUUGUUGGGUAAUCUUUUGUCGGAAAUGGGUAAGUGGGAGGAGGCGGAGAAGGUGAGGCUGCUCAUGAAGGGGAAGAGCGUGGAGAAAUCACCGGGACAGAGCCUUGUCGUCGCAGAGAUUUAAAUGGGCAAUUUGAGCAAAAGUAAGAAUUUCACUGCUUCGAGAUUGAAUAUGAAACUAGAUCAGCAAACAAUCUUGCGUUG